UCGGUUUUAAUUAAUAUUUAACCGACAAAACGUAGUCGGUAACACAACACGGGUAAAUAAAGAGGACUUUCCCGUUAAAGUGGGCAACCCGGCGUCGAAAGGGAGCUAAACUGUUGAGCACCAGUGUUGAGGUGUCACAGGAACAAUCCGCUCUUCACCUGAGCUUUACCUGGCUGGAGAUGGGGGAUCCAGAGCCUCCCGAGUUUGAGUCCCUGGAAGAAGAGCUGGAGUACUGGAGGGAACAGGCUGCCAAGCACCAACAGAGUGCAGAGGAAGCCCAGGAGGAGCUGCAGGAGUUUCAGCAGAUGAGUCGGGAUUAUGAGGUGGAGCUGGAGACGGAGCUGAAACAAUAUGAGGCGCGAAACCGCGAGCUAAUUGCCUCGAACAACCGCCUCUGCAUGGAACUGGAAAACUACAAGGAGAAGUACGAGACGCAGCACUCGGAGGCCUACAGGCAGAUCUCCACCCUGGAGGGAGACCUCUCAGAGACCACGGCCGUCAGAGACCAGCUUCACAAAUACAUCAGAGAGCUGGAGCAGGCCAACGACGACCUGGAGAGGACCAAGAGGGCGACCAUCAUGUCCCUGGAGGACUUUGAGCAGAGGAUGAACCAGGUCAUAGAGAGGAACGCCUUCCUGGAGAGCGAGCUGGACGAGAAGGAGAACCUCCUGGAGUCUGUGCAGAGGCUCAAGGACGAGGCCAGAGACCUGAGACAGGAGCUGGCUGUGAAGCAGAAGCAGCAGGUUCAGGACAGAAAGCCGUCGCUCACAGGCGGUGCACUCAAAGAGCCUUCACCCUCCGCCUCCUCCGCGUCAUCCUCGGCUGGUCUGCCCACCCCCCCUCUCACCCCUCCAGACAAAAGAACUGUGGACAAAACUGUGUCUUCGUCCUCUAACCAGCCCAUCCCCACUGCAGCAACCACCAUCGCUACGCCAUCCAGACCUGCAGCCUCAGCAGAGGCCUUCUGCACCCCGCCGCCCUCCAUCAGCAGAGCAGGUGAAGGCCUCUUAGGGACCCCUCUCACCACGUCGGCGAGGAUCUCGGCUCUGAACAUCGUCGGAGAGCUGCUGAGAAAAGUCGGGAACUUGGAGUCAAAGCUGGCAUCCUGUCGGGAAUACGUCAACGAGCAGACGACUAACCGCAGAGGACACGCUGGGGGACAGGGGGCGCCGUCGGGCCAGAACACCUUGUCAGAGACGCAUCCUACAAACGGCCUCUACAACAAGGGGCUGGUGAAGAGGUUAGACUUCGGAGCGGGAUCCAAACUGCUGCUGUGAAAAGUGGAAAAAAAGAAAAGAAAAACAUCCUAAACCUCCAUCCUGAAUCCUCGAUUGCACGCUGUCCAAUCCCCUGCCUGGAUCUCCUUUACGUGUGACGGUACAGUGUGUGUGUUUGCACAUCAAACAGGCAGCUCUCACUGCGAGCUGCAGUGAUGAAACUGAUGGAAACGUUACUGAGAAGACUUCGGGGAUGUCUGAUUCAAGCACAGAGUUUUUGAAUGAUUUUUAAAAAAAAAAGACUUCUUUCAGCACUCGCACUUAGCUUGAACUAACCUUCUGGACUUGUGCUCUUUGUCACCACCGCGCCUGCUUUGUUUGAUGUUUUUUGUGUGUGUGUUGUUGCUCUAACGGUGGGUUAAGACUAAAUUUGAAGCACAUUUUAUCGAUUUAACGACAACACAAAGAGUGAAGGAAAAGACUUGACGACUUGAUGUGCAUGUGUUGCUUUUGUAACAGCAUGAGAGAGAGAAACUACAAACAUGGGUUACACAGCUUUCCACUGCGGAAGACUUAGAAGUCCUCAGUGUUGAGCUGUCAAUUUAAAACUCUUCUUCUCGUCUGUGUUGUCAUCCAAACUGCUCUGCGAGUAGCGUCAUGAGUUCUGCUGCUCUUUGACUCUUUGCGAUCUUUAAACACAACUGAAGGUGACGUCUUACAGCCGGAGAGAAGAGGGAACAUUUAGAUAAAGAUAUUAAAAAAAACAAAAAACUUUUUAAUCUGUUUGGUAAACACUUUCUUCAUGAAACUUUGAGCGUCUCCUUUUACACAGUUCUUCUCCUGUCAACUCAAGUUUGUCAAACGAGGUGCAGAAACAGGCCGAAUCUUAUGAAACAAAAUGCUGAUUAUCACUUUUAGGAUAAAUUAACUGACGGUUGAAACAAAUGAAUUUGUUCUGUUAUUAUAAAUGAUUACAGAUAAAUUAGACGACUUGGCACUGACUGCAGAUAAACAUGGACAUGGUAACUGAUUUGCUCUCAGUAAUGAUCUAAAACCAGCUUAGAGCCACAAACAAGCUGAGCAGCUGCGACCUGCCGAGUCUGCUGACGUGUUGCAGAAACACAAUUUGUUUUUCUCCUUUGCGUCUCUAAUGAAGAAGCUAAAGAUGGCAGAAAUUAAAACCUCCACGGUGGCUGCACAGCACAACUAAAUGAGAAGAGAAGUGUUCAAGUCAUCACUUUGUAUUCAGGUACUGCAUCGUUGCACAGACUAGUUUACUCGCCGCUGCAUUUCUGAUGGUAUUUAGUUACAUUAUUUGAUUCUAGUUUCUAGAAACGAUGACCCGGAGGAACCUUUGAAUCUCUUAGGAAGUAGCUCCUGGGACUUCAAGUUGUUUUUAUUUUAGGUGGAAACAAAGCGAUAACCUCUGAAGCCAAUGCUGAAGGGUAAAAUCCUGCAGUUUGUAGAGGGUCUGCUUGAGUCUGGCUCCAGGAAGUCACAUACACACCACAUUCAAAAGUCUGUUUUUACAGUAGUUUACAACCUGGUACAAAAAAAUGAUUGGUUUUUGUUCUCAUGGACACACACUGUACGGGGGGUGAUUUUUUGUAUAAAGCAUCCGAUUUGAUUUUAUGAAGAAAACGUGUUAUCCAUAGUUAAGCACGUAGCUGGCAUGAUUGACAGGUGGGCGCGGUGUAAC